GAUCAAACCAUAAGUCGGGAUGCGGGUAGCCCCACGUGGAAAGGCUGUCCUCCGGACCGUCCUCUCAGCUUCCUGCUUAAUCAGAUCACUUUUCUUUCCACCUUGCACUCUUGCGCCCUCCCCCCUUACUUCUUUGUCUCCCUUCUUCUUCUUACUUCUUAUUCAUCCAUGGCGCCCAGUAGCCAUUGAAAAACCAACCUCUUUUCAUCCUUCCCCUCCCCAAUUGCCGACCUCUUCAGUAUGUCCUCCUCUGUUGUCGAAGCGGCCACGGCUGGAUCUUCGCCGCAUCUCCGCGUGUCCGCGGCCAAGAGCCAGGAUCCCCAGGCCACAGCACACGAUGGCCAGCCCUCCGUGAGGAUUGCGCCACCAGAGAAGUCAGCUGUCGAGGAUCAUUUUUUCUGGACCUAUACGGAAGAGCCCCAUCGAUCGAGGCGAUUGGCUAUCAUCAAAGCCCAUCCAGAGGUCACCAAGCUCUGUGGACCGGAGCCAUUGACCAAAUAUGUCGUUCUGGGAGUCGUUUCUCUUCAAAUCCUCUGCGCCUACCUCCUCCGCAAUACUUCCAUGCUGUCCUGGAAAUUCCUCGCAACUGCAUACGUGAUUGGGGCCACUUCCAACCAGAACCUCUUCCUCGCGAUUCAUGAGAUCUCACACAAUCUUGCCUUCCGGUCCGCAAUAGCAAAUAGAUUACUGGCGAUCUUCGCCAAUCUUCCAAUUGGCUUGCCCUACAGUGCUGCCUUCAGGCCCUACCACCUCACCCACCACAAGUCCCUCGGUGUGACCGGUCUGGAUACCGAUCUCCCCACCGCCGUGGAAGCCUUCUUCCUGGAUUCGCUCCUGGGCAAGGCAUUCUUCUGCACCUUUCAGAUCUUCUUCUAUGCCGUCCGGCCCAUGUUCAUCUACAGCCCGCCCUUCACAUACAUCCACCUCCUCAACCUCGCCGUCCAGCUCUCCUUCGAUUACUUCCUCAUCCAGUUCUGCGGCGGUUCCAUCCAACCCGUCCUCUACCUCCUCAUGAGCUCUUUCCUCGCCGGCUCCCUCCACCCGUGCGCCGGCCACUUCAUCGCGGAGCACUACUUCUUUUCGCAGGUACCGCACGGCACCGAAUCCCUCCUGGAGCUCCAGAACCCGAAAGAGGAGAAGUCCACCACGGCGGCCCCGCAUCCGCUGGACUCCCUCCCGCCUCCGGAAACAUACUCCUACUACGGGCCCCUCAACUUCUUCACCUACAACGUCGGCCUACACAACGAGCACCACGACUUCCCCGCGAUCCCGUGGACCAGACUGCACGAACUGCACCGCAUCGCCAAGGAGUUCUACGAGCCCCUGCCCUGCCACCACAGCUGGGUGUGGGUGAUCUGGACGUUCAUCCUGGAUAAGAACGUGGGCAUGUGGUGUCGCGUCAAGCGAGCGCAGGGUGGUCGUCUUGUAGGGGGUGGC